AUGGCACCAUUCGACAUGCCAUUCAAUAUGCCAUUCGAACAACGUGUUGAAUGGCGUGUUGAAUGGCAUGUCGAAUGGAAACCGAAUGGAAGUCGAAUGUUGCCAUUCGACAUCCGUUCGACAGAUUUUGAAGUACAUCGUAAUUGGCUCGCUAUUACUCAUAGUCUCCCGGUAUCUGAAUGGUAUUACGAGAGUAGAAGUGAGUGGACACUAGAUUAUCCACCAUUAUUUGCUUGGUUCGAAUGGUUCUUAUCGCAAUUCGCGUCAUUAUGGGAUAAAAACAUGCUUAAUUUGGAUAACCUUAAUUAUGCAAGUGAUGAAACUAUAUACUUUCAACGGACUACUGUUAUUAUUUCCGAAUUAGUUUUAUUAUAUGCGCUGAAAAAAUUCUUGUCGCUUUCAGAAAAUAAAAAUAUCGCAUGGAUUCUUGCUGCAUCAAUAUUUUUGAAUCCUGUCUUUAAGCGAUUAGGGUUGGAAUUAAAUGAUAUAACAACAUCAUCUGUUACAAGAGGAUUAGUUGGCGAUGUCAAUUUUGCUGUAUUACCACAAAUUCCAGCAAAAUCGACGUUCAUUAUUACUAUGAUUUUUCAAAUGGCAUCACUUACCAAAUUAUGGCGGUAUCCGAAUUUCAAAAAUUUUAUUGGAUCUGUGAUUUUAUGUGGCUAUUCGUCCUUUCUUUUCGGAUGGCAUGUUCAUGAAAAGGCUAUACUAUUGAUCAUGAUUCCCUUCGGUAAGUCUGAAAGUCGAACAGCACCUAAACCAGUGACAUCCAAAUUUGCUUACCUAUUGGAAAACGUGUAUAUUACUGGAUUUGUUAUCUUACAGUUUUUCACUGGUGUUGUUCAUCAAAUCGCAUUUGGUGAUGGCAAAUAUCAAUUCCUACCGCUAUUAGCUACAUCUGUGUAUUGCGCGAUAGGCAUAGUAUAUUCAUGGAUCAGAUUUACUGUCAUAUAUUUUUUGGAAGGAUAG